CGUUCAGUUUGUCGCUUUUCGGAGGCCUGUGGUCCACCUCCUUGCUUCCCCAGGGGAAGAACGAGGAUCCUCUGUGGGAAACUCAUCUUAAACCCGAGGGCCCCAAAGCGCGGGGACCAUUGUAUUCUUUCUGCUUUCUCUCUGGCGUGAGAGGAGGAGGCGGUCCAGAGCCGGGAGAUACAUUCCAGGAAAAGAGGGGAAACACCUUGCUGAUGCCACCAGCCUCAAACCAGUCUUCUCCAUCUGCCUUCUGUCUGCCUGAGAUUCCUGGAAGUGUCUGGUCUGAAGAGAGGCGUCCAUGUUCACACCAGGAGGCGAGAAGAAGCUGGAGCCACAGUGAUGAGCGAGACCUACGUGAAGAGGCUGUCCACCAUCCUGCUGGACGCCAUCACUGACAAGGACCCUCGGGUGCAGGAGCAGGUAUGUGGUGCCCUGUGCACCCUCGGAGGGUCACAGCCAGCGGAGGUGCUCAGCGCCUGUGAGGAGCACCUGCGGCUGCACGAAAAGCUAGCACAUCCAUACCGGACGAUGGUCCUACGGGCUAUGGAGACAGUCGUGAGCAAUCACAUCGGCGAGUUGGACAAGGACAUGGCCAGGGCCAUCAUCCUCCUGGCCUCCAAUGAGAUGACCAAAGUGAAGGAGCUGGUCUCUGAUUGGCAGCAGGCCGCCAGCAGCGUCCUGGUGGCGGUGGGGAGGCGGUUCAUCAGCAGCGUGAUGGAGGAGCUGCUGAGCAAGUUCCAGCCUGGGCUCCUGCCGCAUCCCUGCACCGUGCACACGCUCGCCAGCCUCUCCAUCUCCAAUGUGUUUGGCAUGGUGCCCUUCCUGACGUCCAUCCUCAGCACCAUGCUGCCCAUGCUGGGUGCAGCCAAACAUGACUCAAUGAAAGUGGUGUUCUGCUGUGCUCUGCAGCGCUUCAGUGAGAGCACCCUGGAGUACCUGGCCAACCUGGACCAGGCCCCAGACCCCACGGUCAGAAAGGACUCCUUCGCCUCAGACAUCUUUGGUGCUUAUGACAUCCUUUUCCACCAGUGGCUACAGAGCCGGGAAGCGAAGCUGCGGCUCGCAGUGGUGGAGGCCCUGGGGCCCAUGAGCCACCUGCUCCCCAGUGAGAAGCUGGAGGAGCAGCUCCCCAAGCUGCUGCCUGGGGUGCUCACCCUCUACAAGAAGCACGCCGAGACUGUCCACGUGUCCAAGAGCCUCGGCCAGAUCCUGGAGGCAGCCGUGAGCGUGGGCAGCCGCACACUGGACAUCCAGCUCGACUCUCUCCUGGCCGCUCUGCACGCUCAGGGCCUGAGAGCAUGUCUGGGCACAGGCAGGGGUUCCUACACCCAGAUCUGCGUGCCCGUGGAGUCGUCCAGCCCACUGGUGACGAGCAACCGGAAGGAGGUGCUGCGUUGCUUCACCGUACUGGCCUGCUGCUCGCCGGACCGCCUGCUGGCCUUCCUGCUGCCCAAGCUGGACACCAGCAACGAGAGGACCCGUGUGGGCACCCUGCAGGUCCUGAGGCACGUCAUCAACACGGCGGCUGCUCAGAUGGCAGUUAAGAAACCCUUCAUUCUCUCCUCCAUGAAGCUCCCUCUUCUGGACACCAACAACAAGGUGAAGCGGGCAGUGGUGCAGGUGGUCAGCGCCAUGGCCCACCACGGCUACCUGGAGCAGCCUGGCGGCAAGGCCAUGGUCGAGUACGUCGUGCAGCAGUGCGCGCUGCCCCCCGAGGCUGAGCCUCAGAAGCCGGGCACUGACAGUGAGGCCCUGUCGGCCGAUAGCGUGCGGGCCAUCAGCGUCAGCACCCUCUACCUGGUCAGCACCACUGUGGACAGGAUGAGUGAGGUCCUCUGGCCGUACCUGCUUGAGUUCCUGGUCCCCGUCCGCUUCACUGGGGCGCUGAGCCCGCUCUGCAGGAGCCUUGUGCACUUGGCCCAGAAGAGGCAGGAGGCGGGGGCCCAUGCCCCCCUCAUCCAGUACAACGGCAACGUGCACCUCCCGUCUCCCUACGCCAUCACCACCAGACUCCUGGCCGUGUCUUCCAAUCCAUAUGUGGGGGAUGGUCGCGGGGCAGCCUCACUGCGCCUCCUGAGUGUCUUGCAUCAGGACAUCCACCCGGCCCUGGGUCAGCGGUGGGCAACUGCCAUCCCCCUGCUGCUGGAGCACCUGGACGAAUACAGUGAAGAAACCCUGUCACAGAAGGAGUGGGAAGAAAAGCUGCUGAUGUUUCUCCGGGACUCCCUGGCUGUCGUGUCCGACAACACCUGGGUCUGCCAGCUGACCCUGGAAAUGUGCAAGCAGCUACCCAACUACAACGGGACGCCCCUGGAGAAGAACUUCCUGUACAAAUGUGUCGGGACCACCCUGGGUGCCGCUUCAAGUAAGGAGGUGGUGAGGAAGCACCUGCAGGAGCUGCUGGAGACGGCCAGAUACCAGGAGGAGAGGGAGCGUGAGGGCCUUGCCUGUUGCUUUGGGAUCUGUGCCACCUCCCACCUGGAUGACACCCUGGCCCAGCUGGAAGACUUUGUGAAGUCAGACAUGCUCAGAAAAUCUGCCGGCAUUUUCAACAUUUUUAAGGAUCGGAGCGAGAGCGAGGCCGACAAAGUGAGGAGUGCACUGAUCCUGUGCUACGGGCAUGUGGCGGCCCGGGCCCCGCGUGAGCUGCUGCUGGCCAGGGUGGAGGCGGAUGUGUUCCGGAACAUGUCCCAGUGCUUCAGCACCAAGGUUCUGGGGAUAAAAGUAGAGACCAAGGACCCAGCCCUGAGACUGAGCCUGGUGCAGAGCGUGUGCAUGGCCACCCAGGCCAUCUGCAGCAGCGCCCACGGUGGCUCCUUCCACCUCUCGAGGAAGGCCGAGCUGGUGGCGCAGAUGGUGGAGUUCAUCAAAGCAGAGCCCCCAGACUCGCUGAGGACGCCCAUUCGGAAGAAGGCUAUGCUCGCCUGCACGUACCUGGUUACCCUGGAGCCAGCCCUGGAGGAGCAGGUGCAGGCGGACCUGAUUCACAGCUGCCUGCACAGUGUCAUGGCCAUGCUGCCUGAGCUAGAGGAGGGGGACAGCCACCAGGAGUCCCUGUACCUGGACACCAUGCAGGCCCUCAAGGACUUGCUGACGAGCCUCCUUCAGCGGAACAUGACGCCUCAGGGUCUGCAGGUCAUGGUGGAGCACCUGAGCCCAUGGAUCAAGUCCCCGAGGGGCCACGAACGGGUGCGGGCACUCGGCCUGAGUGCCUGCCUGCUGCAGUUCUUCCUAGAACACCUGCAGAUCAGUGCCCUGGUGCCCUUCCACAACCUGGGCCUCCUUGUUGGCCUCUUCUCCCCACGGUGCGCUGACCUCUGGCUUGCCACUCGCCGAGAGGCUGUGAACUGCGUCCACUCCCUGCUGUACCUGCAGCUGGGCUAUGAGGGCUUCUCGCGAGACUACCGGGAUGACGUGGCUGAGCAGCUCCUCAGCCUCAAGGAUGGUCUGGCGCACCCUGACCCCACCAUUCUCUUCCACACCUGCCACAGCAUUGCCCAGAUUAUUGCCAAGCGCCUCCCGCCAGAUCAGCUCAUCAGCCUCUUGCUAACCUUGUUUGAGGGCCUGGGAGAUCCCGACAAGAACUGCUCUCGAGCCGCCACUGUCAUGAUCAACUGCCUGCUCAAGGAGCGGGGCAACAUGCUGCAGGAGAAGGUGCCGGAGAUUGUGAGCGUGCUGCGCUCCAAGCUGCAGGAGACCCGAGAGGAGCACGUCCUACAGGCCGCACAGCACAGCGUGUUUGUCCUGGCCACCCACCACCACGCCGCUGUGGUGUCCAGUCUUCUGGGCAGCCCCCUGCCCUUUGACAGCCACACCUGCACCCUGUGGCGAGCACUGGCCUUGGAGCCCGGCCUCACCGCACAGGUCCUGGGGCUGCUCCUGGAGAAGAUAAGCAGGGACGUCCCAUUCAAGGAGAGCCGGGCCUUCCUGCUGAGUAGCACGCCGGACCGCGUGGCCACCCUGCUGCCCCUCGCAGCCACCUGUGCGCUGCACGAGGUCGCAUCUGCCCCGGCAUCCGGGCCAGCGGUGCUGGAGCUCUACCCCCAGCUGUUUGCGGCACUGCUGCUGCGGGUCAGCUGCACCAUGGGUGUCCAGCCACCCCGGCACCUGCAGGCCAAGGAGAGGAGGAGCGCCAGCUCAGGCCUGGCCUCGCGGAGCCUUGAGCCUUGCAGCUCUGCGGUGGACGCGCUGCAGGCCGUGCUUGUCCGUGGUGGCAACGAGGACGUGGUGCAGCACAUGGAACUGAACGGGGGCUGGCAGCUGCUCAAGACCUCAGCUGGGCACGAGGAGGGCGUCACCCAGCUGGCCAGUGCCAUGGCAAAGUUUGCGGGUCCCCGGCUUCCCCUGGUGAUGAAGGUGCUCUUCGCCACACAGAGCAGCGUGUAUGAGGUCCAGAGGGUCACCUCCACAGCCUUCCUGGCUGAGCUGCUCAGCAGCAACGUGGUGAACGACCUGAUGCUCCUGGAGUCGCUGCUGGACAACCUGACAGCACGGCAGAAGGACAUGAGUGCCCGCGUGCGGAGGUUGGUGCUCCGUGGGCUGGCCAACGUGGCCUCGGGCUCCCCAGAGAAGGUACAGACCCACGGCCCCCAACUCCUGACAGCCAUGAUCAGUGGGCUGGAUGAUGGGGACGACCCACACAGCCUGGUGGCGCUGGAGGCCAUGGUGGGCCUGGCAAGGCUGCUGGACCUAGUGGACGCCUGGGACCUGCGCGCGGUGCUGCUGCACAUUGCUGUCCGCAUUCGGCCCUUCUUCGACAGCGAAAGGAUGGAGUUCCGCUCGGCGUCCAUCCGCCUCUUUGGGCACCUCAACAAGGCCUGCCGUGGGGACUGCGAGGAUGUCUUCCUGGAGCAGGUUGUGGGCGGUCUGGCACCCCUUCUGUUGCACCUGCAGGACCCCCAGGCCCCCGUGGUCGCGGCCUGCAGGUUCGCCUUGCGCAUGUGCGGCCCCAACCUGGAGUGUGAGGAGCUGGCAGCCGUCUUCCAGAAGCACCUGCAGGAAGGCCACGGCCUGCACUUUGGAGAGUUCCUCAACACCACCUGCAAGCACCUGAUGCGCCACUUCCCCGACUUGCUGGGCCGCUUGCUGAGCACCAGUCUGUUCUACUUCAAGAGCAGCUGGGAGGACGUCCGUGCUGCCGCCCCCAUGCUCACAGGGUUCUUGGUGCUGCACGUGGAGGCUGAGCAGCGGCCGCAGGUGGACCUGGAGCAGCUUCUCGCGGCCCUCCAGCUGCUGCUCAAGGACCCAGCCCCCCAGGUGCGUGCUAAGGCUGCGGAGACUCUGGGCCGCCUGGUGAAGUUCGCCUGAGGCUGCCCCAACACCCAAUACCGCCUGGCCGGCCUGAGGGUCCAAGACGAGUCCCUAAGGAGUCCCCUGCCCACAGGCAGAGCGGGAAGGCCUUGCGCCCACACAGCAAGAGUGGUCAGUCGCCGACGUGUCUUCCCAAUAAAGCCAUUUGCUGCUCAGCA